AUGGGCGUGUUGUUGCGGCUGUUGGGUGCUGGUGUUGUUGGUGGCGGGGUGGCGGUGGUGUAUGCGGGGGUCAAGGCGCAGGAGGAACGCGAGCGGCUCAACGAGCAUGAGGCGCGGAUAGACGCGUUCCUGGCACGCCACCCGCGGGCAAGCCACCAGCGCUUCGCCGUGGACUGGUCUGCGCCGAGAAUGCCGGACUACAACCUGCAAGCAGGCGGGUUCAGCCACCUGUACUUUGACCUCACGGUGGACCAGUUUACGUUGCCAGCGGAAGAGGGCUCUGCUGCAGGCACGCGCCUGCAACAGCCAGUCCUGUUUAUUGCGCCGCCAAGCUUCGUUUCCUCACGUACCAUCUUCUUCCCCAUGGCCGAGGCGUCCUUUUCAAACUUUGGCGUCACGGAGGUUCCGUCCUAUGGCCUCAACAAGCAAACCCUCCGACCCACACACUACAACACACAGCUCAUCGAUAGCGGCCUCACCACCAUGCCGCCGUCGACAAAGGGGGUGGCGGUGGUGGCCACCGGGCACGCCGCCAUCACUGCGCUACGCACCGCCCAACAAAACCCUGAGCUGUUCUCGUGCCUCGUCCUCCUCAAUCCAACCUUCCGAGGACCACUACCAACCGUCAAAUUCGACUUGGAGAGCAAAGGCAAGACGCGGGAGAGCAUGCUGCUGGACUACGCAAGCUCGGCCAUCUGGAAGCUGUACCAGCUCCCGUACGUGGGAGAUGCCAUCCACAACAUGUUCACCUCGCGGGAGCACAUCAAGAAGCAGCUUCACUCGCACGUGUUUGAGAACCCGGAGGCCAUCACGGACGACGUCAUCACACGGAACCAAGCAUUCGCAAAGGAAGGCCCCAUCCUGGGCAAGUGUGCCUUCCUGGUGGGCAAGGCCGAUCCUGUCGCCAGCCGCGACGAGCUUGCAGCGCUGCUUCGCGGUGGAUGCCGCGUGCCCACCCUUGUAGUCAUGGGAUAUGGUGCGCCAGAGACCUCUCGCGCAGACCUGCAGCCGCUCCACGAAGCUGUGGCGGCAGGCGACAGCAAGCUGCGUGUUGUUGAAACCCGAGGGGCCCUGCGCUCGUACGAGGAGUUUCCGCUUGAUAUCGGCUCCAUUGUCAAGUCGUUUAUUCAAGACUGCAACUGA